AAACCAGUAUCACUGUUCACUUAAAUAAAACAUCUUUUAACUUUAAUUAAACUCGAUCAAAUUCAUUCACUAAAAAACCGCAUUGUGUACAAUGGAGCAUUUGUGUAUUAAAGGAAGACAGUGAUAGACAGUCGAAUGAUGAUUAUUGCGGAGGAGCAAACAGAGUUUUUAACGACUAUUAUAGGCUUACACUAAAUUAUUUGAACAUUUACUAAAUUAAUGUUGUCAUGGCGACUAACAUGACUAAGGAAGAAGAUAAUUUUCUUCGCAUUGUUUACUUAAAUUACCGAGUAGGAACAACAGCGCUAAGGAGGUAUUUUGACAGUGUUCAUCCUAAUUUGCAAUCAGAUUUGUCAUCUUCAUCAAAUAAGGCAAUACUUUCAAACCUGCACAAACCACCCAAAGGGCAAAGGAAAGUAUUGUAUCAGGAACAAUGGAAUACUUUAUACCCAUCAUCAGGGUCACCUGUAGUUUCCUCUGCCGAUUUAGAUGUUACGUUGAUGGUUUGUCUUCUACGAAAUUUGCCACCAUAUAUCACACCACCGAAUGCUGGAUUUGAUGCUCUACCACAGUCAACUGAUUCGUCCCAUGGUGCACACAUAGCACGGAUAAAAUAUUAUAAAAAUUUCAUUGUUUCGCAUUCAAAAGACGGCAAACUAUCAGAUACAGAUUACAAUAGAAUAUGGAUCGAAUUGGAAAUGGCGAUCCAUGGUUUGGGAAAUCACCAAGAUGUUACAGAUGCAGCUGAUGCAAAAUCUAAAAUUUUGGACUACAAAGCACUUAAAGAACUUGUUUAUGUUGGUCUCAGUAUUCACCGUAAUCUCAAAAGAUUGAAUGACCAAAGCAAUGAACUAGCGGUGCAUUUUUCAAAAAUAACAAAGCUAGAAACAACUGUUCAAAAUAUAGAAAAAGAAACAGAAGGACAUUCAGAUCUAAAAGAGAAAAUAAAGAAAAUUGAAAUUGACCAGGAAGAAUGUAUACCAACGAGUAUUAGAGAUCAAACUGAAAUACAAUUAAAAGACUGGGGAAAAAGGAUGAGAUGUUUGUGACUACACGAGCAAGUGAUUACGUCAUCGAGUGUUUACAGAGCAACAAUUGUUUGACUUUAACUGGCCCAUCAGGAGUAGGGAAAUCUUUCAUUGCAAGACAUACAUCACUAGUUUUACAAAAGAACGGGUACAACAUAAUACCAGUGAUAAAACCAGAGGAUAUCAGAAAUUAUUAUCAACCUGGUAAAAAGACAGUCUUCAUUGUGGAUGAUAUAUGUGGAAAUUUCACUGCCAACCAACAACAGAUUCAGAGCUGGAAAGAAAUGUUACCUGUGAUAAACACAGUUAUUGCAGACAAAUAUUGUAAGAUUAUUGUAUCUUGUAGGCUACAAGUAUAUAAAGAUGAUAGGUUCAAUAUAUUAGUACCUUUUAAAUCAUGUGAAUGUAAUUUAAUGUCAGAUAAGUUAUGUCUUACAUCUGUAGAAAAAAAUAAUUUGAUAAAAACGUAUACUCGUUUUUGCAUAAACGAUAUUGAUAGGUUAUCACAGAAUUGUGAAUUUUUUCCACUUUUAUGCUCUUUAUAUCAUGAGGGGAAACAUGGAGAUGUUAAAGAAUUUUUCAAAAAUCCAUUUAUUAUCUAUCAAAAUGAACUAGAUAAUUUAAGACGUUGUGGUGAUGAAGGAAACUAUAAAAUAUGCAGUCUAUGUUUAUUAGUUCUCUUUAAUAAUAAACUGAAUGAAAAAUGGUUCAAAGGAAAAGUUACAAAUGAGCAACGAUAUCUCAUCGAAGACACAUGUGGAGCUUGUAGAUUAAACAGAAGUACUUCUAAGGAAGAACUUAAAGAGGCCCUUCAUACUAUAGAUGGUACAUUUGUACAUAAACAGAAUGGUAUAUAUAGAACUGUACAUGAUAAAUUGUUUGACUUCCUUGCUCAUUUCUUUGGUCAGAAAAUGAUUGAAUGCUUAAUAGACCAUGGUGAUAGUGAUUUAGUACAUGGACGGUUUAAAUGGAGGAAAUCACCAGAUGACAAGAACAGAAAUAAAGACUUCAUUAUUGAAAUACCAGAUGAUUAUUUAGAAACAUAUUUAGAAAGGUUUGUAAAUCACUUGACAGCAGGAAAGAUAGGAGUUGUUUUCGGUAACAACAAUAUGAAAGAACCAUUAUUUAGACAAAAGCUAUUAGAUCACUUAAAACAACUGGACAAAUCACAACAAGUAACAUUGGCCAAUGCAUAUGAUACACAUUCACCAAAGGAGAUCUAUGAAUCAGGUAGUACUCUAUUGAUAUUGGCAUGUGGUUAUGGUUAUACUGAUAUGGCACAGUGGGUGUUACAUAAUAAUGUUGAUGUGGACCAGUGUAGAGAUGAUGGAGCUACUGGGCUGAACAUGGCAAGUCAGGAAGGACAUACUGAAAUUGUAAAGUUGCUAUUAGAGAAAAAACCUAAUAUUGAUAUAUGUGACAAUAAUGGUUGUAGUCCCCUGAACAUGUCAAGUCAAGAAGGACAUACUGAAAUUGUAAAGUUGUUGUUAGAAAGGAAUCCUAUUAUUGAUCUAUGUGGCAAUAAUGGCUGUAGUCCUCUGUACAAGGCAAGUCAGAACGGACAUACUGAUGUAGUAAAGUUGUUGUUAGAGAGAGGUUCUAAUGUUGAUCUAUGUGCAAAUGAUGGAUGUAGUUCACUGAGACAGGCAAGUCAGAAUGGACAUACUGAUAUAGUUAAGUUGUUGUUAGAGAGAGGUUCUAAUGUUGAUCUAUGUGCCAAUAAUGGAUGUAGUCCACUGAGACAGGCAAGUCAGAAUGGACAUACUGAUAUAGUAAAGUUGUUGUUAGAGAAAAAACCUAAUAUUGAUAUAUGUGACAAUAAUGGCUGUAGUCCUCUGUACAUGGCAAGUCAGCAAGGACAUAUUGAUAUAGUAAAGUUGUUGUUACAGAGAAAUGCUAAUGUUGAUCUCUGUAACAAGAGUGGAUGUAGUCCUCUGAGACAGGCAAGUCAGAAUGAACAUACUGAAGCAGUAAAGUUGUUGUUUAAGAAGAAUCCAAAUAUUGAUCCAAGUGGCAAUAAUUGUGGUAGUCCGCUGAAUAUAGCAAGUCAGAAGGGACAUACUGAAAUAGUAAAGUUGUUGUUAGAGAGGAACCCCAAUAUUGAUCUAUGUAACAAUGAAGGUUGUUGUCCCCUGAACAUGUCAAGUCAGAAGGGACAUACUGAAAUUGUAAAGUUGUUGUUAGAAAGGAAUCCUAUUAUUGAUCUAUGUGGCAAUAAUGGCUGUAGUCCUCUGUACAUGGCAAGUCAGCAAGGACAUGUUGAUAUAGUUAAGUUGUUGUUACAGAGAAAUGCUAAUGUUGAUCUCUGUAACAAGAGUGGAUGUAGUCCACUGAGACAGGCAAGUCAGAAUGGACAUACUGAUAUAGUAAAGUUGUUGUUAGAGAAGAAUCCCAAUAUUGAUCUAUUUGGCAAUGAUUACCGUAGUCCGCUAAAAAUAGCAAGUCAAAAUGGACAUACUGAAAUUGUACGUCUACUGUCAGAGACUAAUCCCAAUGUUGAUCUAUGAAACGAUGAUCUUUUUUAAUAUUUUGUUGUUUGCCUUUUUGCUUGAAAUCUGUUCCUAUUUCUUACUUCUGUAUGUAUUUGAUAUCUUCUGCUAUUCAUCCCACAAUGUCUGUCUCUGUUUGGUUUUUACUGCCAUUCACCCCAUUACUUCUGUCUAUGCUUUUUAUCUACUGUUAUUCGUCCUAUUAUUCAUGUCUCUGUUUGAUAACUUCUGAUAAUUAACUGAUUACUUCUGUCUCUGUUCAAUAUCUACUGUUAUUCAUCCCUUUACGUCUGUCUCUGUUUGUUAUCUACUGCUAUCCAUGCCAUUACUUCUGUCUGUUUGAUAUCUGCAGCUAUUCAUCCCGUUACUUCUGUCUCUUUUUACUGUCUACAACUAUUUAUCAUAUUAUUUCUGUCUCCGUUCGAUAUCUAUUUCUUUUCAUUCCAGUACUUCUGUCUCUGUUUGAAAUCUACUGAAAUCCAUUCUAUUACUUCUGUCUCUUUUUGAUAUCUACAGCUAUCUAUGUAAUAUAAUCACCAGAAACAGAAGGAACAUAUUUGACAUGCUUUAGAUACCACCUGUUUUUACCUGUUUUGUACAAAUAUGAAUUCAAUGUCCCGAAUGAAUUCAGACGUAAUACACUGUUCACUAAUAUGAAGUACUAUUUAAUGUUAAUUUAUAUGUUAUUUCAAUUGUAAUGUUGUUGAAUUACUGUCUAAAUAGAGCCUCUUCUUCAUAUUGUCAUUUUAAGACUUAUUUAUGUUUAAUUUAAUGUUGAUUCCUACUCUGCAUUUUAUGCAUAAUACUCAAAAUAAUUAAGUUGACAAAUGCUGCUAUGAUUGUCAUUUUACGAUUAUUGUUGGGGUUUUUUGGCGAUCAUUGUUGAUUCCUGCGUAUUAAGGAUGUUUGCUACAAUGUUUAAAAAAAGUAAGAUAUUGGUAAAACUGUUAUAAAAAGUAUAUAAAUAACAGAACAAAAUAAAAGCAACAACAAAAAAUGAAAGGUGUGUGUCUUUUAUUUAGAAAUUAAAUUUAUUGAAAAUUUUAAGGGGAAUGUUUCCCUCUAGAUUGUUUUUCUUCAUUUAACAUAAAUAUUUUAUUUUCAAAAACUAUGAAAAAAUUACAAUGAUUUCAUAAAAGUUUCAAACAUGGGUUUGUUUUUUUAAUGAAUUACUGUUUAUUGCUAUAAUGUGUUAUUAGGAAUGAUAUAUACUGAUUUUACUAUUUUGUAUUGUUACAAAAGAUAUAAAUCGUUUAUAUUUGUAAUACAUUAUUAUUUUUUAUAUCGAAAAAAUAACGAUAAUAGAAAUAUUUAUUAGUUGUAUAUUCAAAUGAUGUUUUUAACUUCUUUCUGUUAAUUUAUUAUCAAUAUAUAUAUCAACAGUGAAAAAUGAUAUUCUUUUAACUGGCAAAAUAUUUAUGAAAAUUAUCUCUCAUAGAUAAAUGCAUGUUUGCACCUGUCCUAAGUCAGGAAUCUGAUUUACAGUAGUUGUCGUCUGUUUAUGUAGUUCAUACGUGUUUCUCGUUUCUCGUUUUUAUAUAGAUUAGACUGUUGGUUUUCCCGUUUGAAUGGUUUUACACUAGUAAUUUUUGGGGCCCUUUAUAAAACAAAGAGAUCACACCAGGGAACCAGUACGUAAACAAAAUUAAUUAUCUAUGAAUAUUAUAUAUCUCCCAAAAAGAGGCGUGGUUUGAGAAACAGCUGUAUUUACAAAGUGCAACCUAUAUCAUGCCGUUCGGUGUGAGCAAAUGCUCCGUGUUGAAGGCAGUACCUUGACCUAUAAAGGUUUACUUUUAUAAAUUGUUACUGGGAUGGAGAGUUGUCUCAUUGGCCCUCAUACCUAUAUCUAUAUUAUGUUGAUUAUAAAAGUUAACUAUAUUAAGAUUACUUUAUUUUUUUAGAUUUCAGUUUAAUUUUCUAGAAUAAAUUAAAAAUCUAUGCGACAGUUUUUACUCCUUUUGCAAAUAUGUAAUUGUAAUCAUCCAUUUGACAGUUGUUAUCCAUUCUAUUUAUGUGUUUGACCUUUUGAUUUUGCCAAUAGAUAUGUGAAUUUCUGUGUUCAAUUUUUCUCUGAGUUCUGUAUUGUUGCAUAUUUCUUUUUGGUAUUUAAUGAUAAUUUUGAAAUUUAUAGAUAUAUAAGCUGAAUGAGCUUCUGUUUGUUAAAGCUAUUUUUUUUCUGUACAUAUUAAGUAAAAAUGUAAUGUUUUGUUUGAAAUAAGAUUGUUUGGUAACCUAAGAUGAUUUAUGUUGUAAAUAGUAGGAUUUAAAAAAGAAGUAGUCCAGCCGUUUUUGAUAAUGGACUUAAACUGAUUGGCAGUGAUUUGUAAGAGAGUGAUUAUUACUAUUAUGUUUUAAUGAGUACCACAUACUUUAAUAAGGGAGUGAUUUCUUUAAAAAGAAUGUUCAAGAUAUUUAUACUACUUUUGUUUUUUUAGAUUUCAGUGUAAUUUUAAAGAAAUUUAUGUGACAGUUUUUACCCUUUUUGCAAACUGUCAAAAUCGAAUUUGUAUUUGAUAUUUGAGAUAAAGGAUUCAAUUAUUUUAUUCUGUAAUUGCAAUCAUCCAAGUGUUGGUCUUUAACAUCAAUUUAAUGAAAUUAUUUGAUAGAUAAACUGAAGAAACACCUUUUAGUCAAAGCUGUUAUUUCCAUUGUAGCUUAAGUAAAAAGGUAUUGGUUCUAUUAUGAAUUUUAUGUUUUAAAUAGUACAAUUUAAAACGAGGAUGUCCAUUUCUGUGGAAGAAGGACUAAAUUUGAUUUGGCAAUCAUUUAUUUAACGAUUGUCAGGAAAAAAACAAUAAUAAAAAAAGAAAAUAAAUUCUUUUCAAGUAAAAAUGUUUUUCUUUUGAGGUCAUUCAAUUCGUUAUUGUCAGGUAAAACAAUAUAAAAGAAGCGAGUUAGUUUGUAAAAAAAAUUGAAUAUAUGGCAUUGCAAAGGGAAUGAUUAAGAAAUUAGAUAUUGGUUUAGGAACUGCAAAAUUACAUUAUAUAUAAGACGUUUAAUGAAAAGAAAAAUAAUAGAAACUAAGGCUCUGUUAGGGAUGUUCACUUCUUUAUUUCCAAGUAACAAGCUUUUAAAAGACUGUUAUAAAUUGAUAGAAUAUAAAUAAGGGAUUUCAAAAAUUAGACGAAAAGUCUGUAUUCUAAUUUCUGAAAUAUAAUCCUUUGAAAAUGUGGCGUGAAAUGAUUCUCACUAGAUUUUUUUAUACAUUUUACAUUGGGACCUUUUUCUUUUUAAAAACUAUAUGAAAAAAAAUAA